AUGGCCACCACAGCAACUUCCACCCGUCGCAACAGGGGCUCAGAAGUCCUACUGGCAUACGCCAGCCCUUCGGUAUCUCCGCCUUCGUCUGAAUCUGAUACCUCAUCAAUAUCCCCGCUGCGAGACGGGAGGCGUCGAAAGAACCGCGACUCCAGUAACGACGCGGACGACAGCGCUGAGCUUCCUGAUGGGCUCGUCGAUGAGGACUUCCGGGCUGGAGGUCCUUAUCUCUGCCAUGUCCCUGUGCGAAGUAUUGAGCUACACAGAUCAUCACCCUUUUCAUCCCCGAUGGACAGUCGUGGUCUUCAUCUUGUCCGAGUGAUUUCUGAGAUCCUCCGAUCUUACGAUAUCCAACCUCAACUCCUAGACUUCUGUGGUCGCAUAUCCACGAUAGACCCUGAGAUGAGCCCCACCCCGACGGUGGUUGUCUUGACGGAGAAUCGUCCAUUCGGUAACAGGUGGAUUGAUGCGUGUCGGUCGAUUCGAAGGCUUUUGGUGAGAGAGGGCUUAUAUCAGUAUUCCGUCGAAAUAGCCAGUAGGCGUGCCUUCCAACCUCCUUUUUAUUUUCCCACCAAACAUACAGAUGCUAUUUAUCGCAUGUGGCCUCACGUUCUCGAUCGUAUCCUGGCAAUGGAUAUUACUACAGACGUCAAUGCCAUCGACUGCUUCCGAAUGGGCUACGAAGAACGCCGGGAUGAUAACCCACCGACAGUCAUCUUGUCCGUGGAAAGGAGGGCCCAGAGAAACUGGAAAGUACUGCGUGAAAGCAUUGUACAUCUUCUUAACAGUCUGGGCCUUUGGAGCGUGGGUGUAAGCAUAGGGCCAGGCGCGGUAGUGAAACAGGUGGCUCAUCCCUUGGACCUCUAUAAGACUGGCGCACAAGCAGGAGUAAGCCUUGGAGUCCAUGGAUCUAAUAAUAAUAAUAAUAAUAAGGCUGCGGGGACAUUCGCCGGUUGGAUUGAAAUCGAAAAUCCCCGUACAAACCAAUGGGAAAAGUUUGGCCUGACAUGCUUCCACUGUGUCGACCCGGGACUCAAUUCUGUCCCAACUGCUGAUCAAGCUCAGCUGAAGAACUGGUAUAUAAACGGCAUACGUGCGGCAGACAACAAUGCCCGAAGAUUACUCCAUGUGGACCAGCCCACAGAAAAAGAUAUCACCAGAGAUUUGGAGAAUCAGAGAAAUUCGGUGACGGAAAUACUGAAUGACGCCACAUAUCGCAGGAUUAAGAAUGACUUGGAUGCGAACAACUUCGUCAUCCCUCCCGACAUGAGAAAAUACGAAGUAUCCGUACGCCGCAAAGAAGAAUAUGAGAAACGGAUCCAACGCAUUCAGCAGUUCAUGAGUCAAAAUGAGCAUAAACUCGGUUAUAUCUUCAGUGCUUCUGGAUACAGACACGAGCCAGUGACCACCAUCAAGCAUUCUUCUCUAACGACAUGUCUCGACUGGGCUCUCAUUCAAGUGAGACCGCAGCGAGCUUUCACCGCCAACGAAGUACUGGCUUAUGGUACACCUGUCAUCAACCUCCCGAUGGACCCCGGGGCUUCGAGCCUGAUUCUGUCCUCUUCUUGGGGAGAGUCUAUCCCUCAUGGCGCGCCCCUCUUCAAAGCUGGCCGCACGACUGGAUAUUCAGUCGGCGAAUACAAUGGCCUCCAUUCCGCCGUUAUCGCAAGGACAUUUGUGAACGGCAAGUGGGAAACGCAUACCACACUUGAACACUCGGUGUGUGGACGCCACGGAGACUGGUUCUCCCAGGAGGGUGACUCUGGGGCACUGAUCUUUAACAACCACGGAGGUGUUGUCGGCAUGGUUUUUGGUGGGAACAUGCUUCGGUCCAUUUCUUAUUUCACCCAUAUCGUUGACCUCUUCAAUGAUAUCAAGAAGAUGACAGGAGCUACUAAAGUGAGGAUCUUCGGGGAUGCCUACGGCGAUUGGUUUCAAUGA